AUGACCCUCCGUGCCCUCGUUCAAAUCAUCCUCCACACAACCGGCUUCACCUCAUCCACCACUGGCAGCGGGAUAUUCGAUGGUACCUGUAGUGAUGACGACUUCUUCAACGAGCCCUCAGCCAUGAGACCACCGCGGCUGACUGCUGCUGCUGCUGCUGCUGCCGCUGCCGCACAAGACUCUACAACUACUAUCAAGGAUAGCGGUACUAAUAGUCCAAGUCGAAGUUUAGGCGGAACCAAUGGCAGUAUCUGGAACUUGAACCUGGAUUGGAACUUGGACCACCAUGGUCAUGAUUAUUAUGGUUCUUAUGGUCCAUCGGCUGCCUCCUAUCAACCAGUGGCAGUCGACGACCACCGCGAAGAUGGCGGCAGCAACGCAGCCAACGCCAACGAACAGACGCGACAGGAUGUGGCGGCGAUUCAUCACUAUUACUACUAUUAUGCGGCGCCCAGUGCUUAA